UCACACAACAAUAAUGAAUGGAAACGCAGCGUAGCCAAGAAAAGUUGAGCAGCUUGAAAAACUUACUGUCGGCCAGUAAAGGACACUUUAUCUACCGCUUUGAGGAAGGAGUUGCUUUUUUGGAGUGAUGGAUUGGCCGGUUGAAUCUGAUAUUUCACUUUGGAAAAGAAAGCUGCGUUUUUGUGGGAAGUUUUGAAUUGUUUUUUGUUGUUUUUUAUCGCUAGCUUGAUUAACGGUAAAUGGCACUUAUUGGGACAGUGAUAGGAAACUACCGCGUUGUGAGUCGAGUUUUACUCGCGAAAGAAGUGGAUUAUGUGGAGAAAGCCGUAAAGAAAGCUGGAGAAUUUGGGGGAAAUAUUUAGCCUCACUGUGGAUUAUCACCAACGGAGAGAUAAAAAGAAGAAGAAAGCUGAGAAGUUUGGACGUUUCACGUUGACAGGAGGGUAAAAUGGGUAACGUGGAGAGUGUUGACGGCCAGUCGGAGAUGAAGCAUCACAUCAUGCCUCUGAAGGUACCCAUGCCUGACCCCACCGAGCUGGAGGAGAAGUUUGCCAUUGUUUUGAAUUCCAUGAAUCUGCCUCCGGACAAAGCUCGGCUCCUCAGGCAGUACGACAACGAGAAGAAGUGGGAUUUGAUCUGCGAUCAGGAGAGGUUUCAGGUGAAAAACCCCCCGCACACCUACAUCCAGAAGCUCAGAGGAUACUUAGACCCAGGAGUCACACGAAAGAAAUUUCGGCGGCGUGUGCAGGAAUCCACAAAAGUCCUGAGGGAGCUGGAGAUAUCACUGCGGACCAACCACAUUGGGUGGGUCAGGGAGUUCCUCAAUGAUGAAAACAGAGGUCUUGAUGUCCUGGUUGAGUACCUCUCCUUUGCCCAGUGUGCUGUCAUGUUGGAUUUUGAGGGGCUGGAAAAUGGGGAGGAUGGAUUCUUGGACAAAGCUAAAUCAUGGAGCAGGUCCAUAGAGGAUCUGCACCAUACGGGCGCCCAACCCUUCUGCAACACGCUGGUGCGCUCUGCCCGCCAGUCUGUCCUGCGCUACGGAUCCGUUUCAAACAGCAAAACCAUCAAGAACUCGAGGCUCGUGAGCCAAAAAGAUGAUGUGCACGUUUGCAUCAUGUGCUUGAGAGCAAUCAUGAACUAUCAGUAUGGCUUCAAUAUGGUCAUGUCUCAUGCACAUGCUGUCAAUGAAAUCGCUCUCAGCUUGAACAAUAAGAACCCACGGACGAAAGCGUUGGUCCUCGAGCUCCUUGCUGCUGUCUGUCUUGUUCGAGGAGGUCAUGAAAUCAUCCUUUCAGCUUUUGAUAACUUCAAAGAGGUUUGUAAAGAGAAGCAUCGCUUCGAGAGAUUGAUGGAUUACUUUCGUAGCGAGGAGGGAAACAUCGACUUCAUGGUUGCGUGCAUGCAGUUUAUUAACAUCGUGGUCCACUCAGUCGAAGACAUGAACUUCAGAGUCCAUUUGCAGUUUGAAUUCACCAAGCUGGGACUUGAUGAAUACCUAGAGAAAUCGAAGCACACGGAGAGCGACAAGCUGUCAGUGCAGAUCCAGGCCUACCUGGACAACGUGUUUGACGUGGGUGGCCUCCUGGAGGACGCCGAGACGAAAAACGCGGCUCUGGAGAAGGUGGAGGAGCUGGAGGAGCACCUGUCCCAUGUUACUGAGAAGCUGCUGGAGGUGGAGAAUGAAACGAUGAUGAAAGUUGCAGAUUUGGAGAAGCUUUUACUCCAGAAAGAUAAAGACCUGCAAGUAAUACGGGAGACGUACGAGUCGACCAACACCCAGGUUAACACCCUGAGGAGGAUGAUCAAGGAGAAGGAUGCUGCGUUCCAGAGGCAGGUCAACAUCGAGCGGCGGCUGCUGGAGCUGGAGCAGCAGGGCACCAUCCGUUUGCACAAGAAGCCCGACGGCGACAUCUCCAUCGAGCCGCUGGGCGUCGGCGGGGGUGGUGGGGUCGGGAUCACUUUGGGGAACGUCGGCCAGCUGAUGUUCGGUUCCUCGGCUGGGCUGACAGAACCCGGAGGACCAGACACCAGCUUGCCACCCGCGAGUGAAGCUCCACCGCCUCCUCCACCCCCUCCACCACCUCCUCCUCCUCUGCCUUCUGCUUCAGCUGUUCCGGUUCCACCGCCUCCUCCUCCUCCACUGCCAGAUGCUUCUCCCUCUGUCAUCAUGACCCUGGGUCUGUCAGCUAUCAGGAUCAAGAAGCCAAUCAAGACGAAGUUCCGUCUGCCCGUAUUUAACUGGACGGCCCUGAAGCCCAAUCAGAUCAACGGCACCGUCUUCAACGAGAUCGAUGAUGAACGUGUGCUGGAGGAGCUGGAUCUGGAGAGGUUCGAGGAGUUGUUUAAGACGAGAGCCCAGGGCCCUGUUGUGGCUCUUUCUUGCACCAAGAGUAAAGUCUCUCAGAAGGCGGUGAACAAAGUCACUCUGCUUGACGCCAAUCGGUCUAAAAACCUGGCCAUCACGCUGCGAAAAGCCAACAAGACCACAGAGGAGAUCUGCAGAGCAAUUGAGAAGUUCGACCUCAAGGCUCUGCCUGUGGACUUUGUGGAGUGCCUGAUGCGCUUCCUGCCCACCGAGGCGGAGGUGAAGGUGCUCCGCCAGUACGAGCGCGAGCGCCGUCCGCUGGACCAGCUGGCCGAGGAGGACCGCUUCAUGUUGCUGUUCAGCAAGAUCGAGCGGCUCACCCAGAGGAUGAACAUCAUCACCUUUGUCGGGAACUUUGCGGACAGCGUCAGCAUGCUCACCCCGCAGCUCAACGCCAUCAUCGCUGCGUCUGGCUCGGUGAAGUCCUCGCCGAAGCUGAAGAGGAUGCUGGAGAUCAUCUUAGCUUUGGGAAACUACAUGAACAGCAGUAAACGUGGGAGUGUUUAUGGCUUCAAGCUGCAAAGUCUUGAUCUGCUGCUGGACACAAAAUCCACAGACAGGAAAAUGACUCUGCUCCACUACAUCGCUCUCAUUGUGAAGGAGAAGUACACAGAACUGGCCAACUUCUACAAUGAACUGCACUUUGUGGAUAAAGCUGCGGCGGUGUCUCUGGAAAACGUGCUGCUUGACGUUCGAGAACUGGGGAAAGGCAUGGAGCUGAUCCGAAGGGAAUGCAGUCUCCAUGACCAUCCGGUGCUGAAAGGUUUCGUCCAGGCCAGCGAUCCGCAGCUGGACAAGCUGCAGCGGGACGCCAAGACGGCAGAGGAAGCCUUCAACAGUGUGGUGAGCUACUUCGGAGAGAGCGCCAAGACGACUCCGCCCUCGGUGUUCUUCCCCGUGUUUGUGCGCUUCAUCAAGGCCUACAAGGAUGCUGUGGAAGAAAACGAACUGAAGAAAAAACAAGAGGAAGCCAUGAGAGAAAAGUUACUGGCUCAGGAGGCCAAACAGCAUGACCCCAAGGUCCAGGCGCAAAAGAAGAGACACCAGCAGCAGGAGCUGAUCGCAGAGCUGCGGAAGCGGCAAGCCAAAGACCAUCGACCGGUGUACGAGGGCAAAGACGGCACCAUCGAGGACAUCAUCACAGUACUGAAGAGCGUGCCCUUCACAGCCCGCACUGCUAAACGUGGCUCACGGUUCUUCUGUGAAGCCAACCUCUGCGACGACGCCAACUGCUAGCCCUCCCUCUCUCUAAUGCCAAGGUUGUCCAGAUCUCCGAAACCAGCCCUUCCUGCGAGUGGAUGCCUUGAUCCGGAGCGGGUGGAAGAGACCCUAAACCACUCACCUGCCACUUAUACUCCCCCUUCCCUUUAUAACACUUGUCCCUGUGUCCCAGUGGUCCCUCUCAACCCCUGAAAGGUUGCAAAUCACACAUACACACAAAAAAAAAAAAAAAAAA